CAAGGGAGAUGUACACAAAGGAAUUCAGAUGCCUGCUCUGUCAGUUGCUCCUAGCGCUGCUCUUCACCGAUGCCAUGGGAAGGCUGAACAAGCGUAAUGGAUUUUACUACAGGCAACAGCAGCAGCAACAGCAUCAGCAGCAGCAUCCACAACAGCAUACGCAACCGCCUCCACUGCAGUUACAUCAACAUGGCAACUUCUUUGAUCCCUCGUAUCCAGCUUAUGAGGAACCGGAGCAGCAACAUCAAUCUCACGGCAGCAGCGGAGACCGCAACAGCAAUUCAAAAGCUCAGCACAAUCAACACAGCAGCCCCAGUGGAGACGGAGGCAAGACUGGAUAUAGCAUAGGCAGCGGAUUACGUUCCAUUGCACAAGGAUCUGCGGAUCAGGCUUACAGCGCAGUGGCCAAUCAACAUGCUGCUGCCAAACAGGCUGCCUUCAUAGCCAAGAACACACUCGCCCAGGCUGCAUCACAGGCAGCAGCAACGGCUCAAGCAGCGUUGGCUGGCAAGCAAGUGAUUCUACAGGAAUUGGAGCAACAGGCAGCCGAAGCACAACGCGCUCUCUCCCGAGAGUUGGAGCAACUGAAGGCAGCCAAGCUGUCUGCGAAGCUUGCCCAGCAAACCGCCCAGGCAGCACAUCAUCAUAUCUCAGUAUUAACUGCAGCUGUGAACAAUGCCAAAUCUGUUGCCGAGCAGGCGGAACAAACCUCCAGUGAGGUGUCGAACCAACUGGCAUCCCAGGCCACAAUGGUUGGUCAGGCGAAAAAUCGCGUAGAGCAGGUGGAAGAGCAACUGCAGCAGGCGCGAGUUGACUUUGCGGCGACCAAGGAGUCGGCCAUUAAGGCAGCAUCCUCUGCAGCUGCUGCUCAAGUGAAUGCCUCAAAGGCCGCAGCACAUGCUACAAUUGGUCUGCAUGAGAGUGCAAAUCAGCAGGAUCAUCAUAAUCAUGAGGAGGAACUGGAAUCAUAUGAUGAGCCCAUAGACACAAGUGGUUCGGGUCACUCUGAGAACGAUGCCCUCGAGGAACAUCCCCACAAUGGCUAGUAAAUAAAUAUUUAUGUAAAUUUUAGGGAUUUCAAUGCCAAAUACACAACUCUAUUGCAUAAGUAAAUUAUGUAUGCACAAUAAGAGAGUCUUAAAUGUAAAAAGUGUAACGAAAAUAAAUUAAACUUACCAUUAAGUUGCAAAGGUGAAACUGAAUUAAUACGGUUAUAUUCC